AAAACGAGCACUUUUGGGCACGUUGGAUUACACAUGAGGGAGAUGGGUAUUGUUCUCUUUCCUAGCUUGCUCUUGUUAAGUACAUCCUUAACCAAAGGUUAUGCAGCUAUAACUAGAGCAAGUCCCUUAUCUUUGGGACAAACUCUAAGUUCCCCUGGUGGGACGUAUGAGUUGGGUUUCUUCAGUCCUAACAACUCUCAGAAUCAAUAUCUUGGGAUCUGGUUCAAGAAGCUUACACCACGAGUGAUUGUGUGGGUGGCUAACAGGGAAAAACCAGUGACAAACCUUGUAGCAAACCUCACUAUCAGCAUAAAUGGUAGCCUUAUCUUGCUUGACAGCAGUCAAAACGUUGUUUGGUCAACCAGAACACCUUCCACAUCUAACAAGUGCCAUGCAAAGCUAUUAGAUACCGGCAAUCUUGUCAUCGUCGAUGAUGUUUCAGGAUCUAUUUUGUGGCAAAGUUUCGAUAAUCUUGGGGAUACUAUGCUGCCUCAAUCAUCGCUAAUGUAUAAUCGUGCCACCGGUGAGAAGCGAGUAUUAACUUCUUGGAAAAGCACGUCUGAUCCAUCCCCUGGAGAUUUUGUGAUUCAGAUUAUGCAGCAAGUGCCGCCACAAGUCUUUACUAUGAGAGGCUCGACGCCUUAUGGAAGAAGCGGUCCAUGGGCUAAGACAAAGUUCGCUGGUGUACCACUGAUGGAUGAAUCAUAUGCAAGUCCAUUCAGCCUUUCCCCGGAUGUAGAAAAUGGAACAAUAAAUUUCUCUUAUUUACAAAGAAAUUCUGAAUUUUCCCGUGUUGUUAUAACAUCGGAAGGAUCAACAAAGCUUUUUCAGUACAAUGGGACAGGAUGGCGUCUUGGCUACGAGUCUCCAGGAAACCCAUGUGAUCUUUAUAGUGCAUGUGGACCUUUUGGAGUGUGUGUGACGUCCAACCCCACAAAGUGUAACUGUAUAAAAGGGUUUGUACCAAAAUCUAUGGAAGAGUGGAAGCGGGGGAACAUGACUUCUGGGUGUGUGAGACGCACAAAGCUCUCUUGUCAGACAAACUCAUCUACAAAGAUACAGGGAAAAGGCACAGACGUAUUCUAUCGUAUGGCCAAUGUAAAGCCUCCAGAUUUCUACAAAUAUUCAAGAUUUGCUGAUGAAGAUCAGUGCAAACAAGGUUGCCUCAGCAAUUGCUCUUGCACUGCUUUUGCCUAUAUUUCUGGAAUUGGAUGCUUGCUUUGGUAUCAGGAGCUAAAGGACGCAGUUAAAUUUUCUGUUGGAGGAGAGUUUCUUUCUAUCCGUCUUGCACGUUCAGAACUAGCAGGAAGCAUGAGAACCAAGAUUAUUGCAAGUGGUAUCUGCCUUUCCAUCAUUGUAAUUUUGGCCUUUGCCUCAUAUAAGUACUGGAGAUACAGAGAAAAACAAAAUGUUGGGCCAGCUCGGGUAUUCUUCAACAGUUCACAAGAUUCAUGGAAAAAUGAUUUGGAACCACAAGAAGUCUCAGGUCUAACAUUCUUUGAGAUGAAGACCAUACGAUCUGCUACUGGUAACUUUAGUGCCUCAAACAAACUCGGUCAAGGAGGAUUUGGUCCAGUUUAUAAGGGAAAACUAUCAGACAUGAAAGAAAUUGCUGUUAAACGUCUUUCUAGCAGCUCUGGACAGGGUACAGAAGAGUUCAUGAAUGAAAUACAACUCAUCUCAAAACUACAACACAGAAACUUGGUUCGGCUUUUGGGAUGCUGCAUUGAUGGAGAGGAAAAGUUACUAGUUUAUGAGUUUUUGGUGAACAAAAGUCUCGACACUUUCCUCUUUGAUUUGAGGUUAAAGCUUCAGAUUGACUGGCCUAAGAGGUUCAACAUCAUUCAAGGUGUUGCACGUGGGCUUCUCUAUCUCCAUCGUGACUCAUGCCUUAGGGUCAUACAUCGAGAUAUGAAGGUCAGCAACAUUCUUUUGGACGAAAACAUGAACCCGAAAAUAUCAGAUUUUGGAUUGGCCCGGAUGUUUCAAGGAACUCAACAUCAAGUCAACACUCGAAGAGUUGUUGGAACUAUAGGAUACAUGUCUCCCGAGUAUGCAUGGACAGGGACGUUCUCAGAGAAGUCCGACAUCUAUGCUUUUGGAGUUCUGCAGUUAGAAAUCAUAAGCGGGAAGAAGAUUUCAAGCUACAGCUGUGGAGAGGAAGGCAAAAACCUUGUUGAAUACGCAUGGGACUCUUGGUGCAAGAAUGGUGGAGUGGAUCUAUUAGAUCAAGACAUUUCAGCCUCGUGUUCUCCAGCUGAAGUUGCUAGAUGUGUUCAUAUUAGUCUGCUCUGCAUCCAACAACAAGCUAUUGACAGACCAAACAUUGCAAAAGUAGUAUCUAUGAUCACGACUGCAGUGGAUCUACCGAGACCUAAGAAACCAGUGUUUGCAUUGCAUGUUCGAAACCAAGAGAGUGGUGUGUCAGUACCAGUGUCUGUGAAUGAUUUAACACAAACUGCAAUAUAUGGGAGAUAA